AUGGCCACGUGCGCGCCGCUGCCCAACGCGCUCGUGGACUUCUGGCACUGCAACGCGACGGGCUCGUACUCGAGUUUCACGGGUCUGUCGCCGAACACUCCCUUUGAGGAGUUGUUGAGUGAGCUCAACGUCACAUACUAUAACCUGGGGACGACCGACCUGCAUACUGAUGACACCACGUGGUUGCGCGGGAUGUGGCCGACCGAUGAGCGGGGGGUCAUGGAGAUGAAGACGAUUUUUCCCGGCUUCUACGUUCAACGAGCAAUCCACAUCCAUGUCCAGGUGCACACGGACUGGACGUUGCGCGAGAACGGGACCAUCACCUCCAGCCACACGGUGAGCACGGGCCAGAUCUACUUUGCUGAGGAGCUGGAGCGCGAGAUCAUGGCGCUCGAGCCGUAUGGCUCGCACACCCAGAUCAACCGCACUACCAAUGAGGAGGACUCUAUCUUCUCGCAGGAUACCGAGGGCGGGUACAACCCGGUGGUCUCGGUGGUGCCGGCUGACGGCAAGGACGUGAGGAAUGGGAUGAUCGGGUAUAUCACCAUCGGAGUGGAUACUUCAGCAAUUGAGCGGAGAGAGGGUUGGGGGCCGAGUUAG